AGAGAGAGAGAGAGAGAGAGAGAUACAAGUAUAUCCUAAUUCAUGUAGUUUCUUUCUUCCAGCCCCACCCUCUGUUCAAGUAAUCAACACAGCCAAACUUCUGUCAGAUCUGCCUUUCCCCAUCCACACUAUCAAAAUUACUAUCAUCACUGCCACCAUAAAUGCUUCAGUUCAAUUAUUAUUAUUUAUUAUUCAUAUGAAAAAAGGUUACUUUUUUAUGUUUUUAGCUUUGUGAUCAAAUGAAAUGGGAAUGUGGGUGGUGCUGUAAAUGGGGUUUUCUUGGUUUUUUCUUUGUGGGUUUUUCACUUCGCGUGUGUUUCUUGCUCAGGUAGUAUUUGUAGUGAGCAUGUGUUAAGGUUGCUGUAGAUUAACACAGAAAUAUAGAGGAAAAAUGUCAGAAAUGAGAGUUUCUGAUCCAAGUAGACUGCAUUUGAGGAGGGAGCUUACUCAAAUCAGAAAGGCAGCUCGAGUUUUGCGCGAUCCAGGAACUACCUCUUCAUGGAAGUCGCCUCUUAGUUCGUCUAGAUCUGCAGCAGCUGCAACUCUAGCGGCUGCUGCCGCUGCUUCAACUUCUGCUUCUGCUUGGAAGCAGUUUGAGAUUGAGAAUGUAAUCCCCAAUGGGAGUAAUUCUUAUUUGGAUAACCAAUUCAGGAAUAAUGGGAAAGAAAAGAGGGUGUUCCUGUACAAUUGGAAGACUCAGAAAUCCUCCAGCGAGAAAAGUGCAAUGGCAAGAAAUGAUGCUGAUGAAGACUUUGAGUCUCGUUCGAUUCAAGAGAGCCUUGAUGAUAGCUUGAGCGAUGCAAGGAAUGCUGCAGAUUCCAAGAGUGAUAGUUACUUGGGCGAGAGCAGGUCUGCUUCAACGAUUUUCAGGUGUAGAGAUGCAAAUCUUGUAUCGCCGUCAAUGAAAAGAGUCUUGGGGAUCAAGAGAAGAAGUAAGAGAACUAAUACCCAUUUAGAUAUUUUGUCUAGAUAUAAACAAAAAGAGAUGAAUUUGAGAAGAUUGCUCAAGAGUCAUCCUUCAAUGGCUUUAGGUUUAGGAAGGGACGACUCUGUUGAGCAAUCUGAUGAUACCGAAGAUUAUAGUAAUUCUGAGGAUCUAAGAAAGGUUUCAGGGGCAUCCCCUUUGUUAAUAAAACUUAGGCAUAAGAAUUGGUCAAAUUCUCCAUCUAAAUUUUUGAGAAGUAGUGUAAAAGGGGACUCUUCUUAUUGUUAUAGCACACCUGCAUUGUCAACCAGUUCUUAUAAUAGGUACUGUAAUGGUAACCCAAGCACUGUUGGAUCUUGGGAUGCCACCACAACCUCAUUGAACGAUGGCGAUGAUGAGGUGGAUGACCCUUUGGAUUUGCCGGGUCGCCAGGGAUGUGGGAUUCCUUGCUAUUGGACUAAAAGAACACCAAGACACAGAGGGGCAUGUGGAAGUUGUUGCUCUCCUUCCCUUUCAGAUACUAUUAGGAGGAAAGGGACUAGCAUUCUAUGUGGUAGACAGUCAAUGUACCAUAGACGCCGACAUUCAUCAUCAGUCUCCAAUAAGAGAAGAAUUGCUCCCAGAAGUGCCCAAGGACUUCUGCCAUUGCUUACAAAUAGUGAUGGCAGAGGAGGGUCAUCUAUUGGAACUGGUCAUAGUGAUGAUGAACUCUCUACAAACUUUGGUGAGCUUGAUUUGGAGGCCUUGAGUAGAUUGGAUGGGAGGAGAUGGUCUAGUUGUAGGAGUCAAGAUGGGUUAGAGAUUGUAGCCCUAAAUGGAGAUGGGGAAGAGGAAGGUACACCUGAAAAUAUUCGAAGUUUAAGCCAGAAAUACAAGCCACUCUUCUUUGGUGAAGUGAUUGGGCAGAGCAUUGUGGUUCAAUCUCUUAUCAAUGCUAUAUCCAGAGGAAGGAUUGCCCCGGUUUAUCUUUUCCAGGGUCCCCGAGGAACUGGAAAAACAUCAACAGCCAGGAUUUUUGCCUCUGCUUUAAAUUGUAGGUCUGCAGGACAAACAAAGCCAUGCCGGUAUUGCAUGGAAUGUGCUGAUUUCAUUUCUGGUAAGACUAGAGAUCUAUGGGAAGUUGAUGGCACCAAUAAGAAGGGUAUUGAUAAAGUUAGAAACCUUUUGAAGAAGGUUUCACAGUGGCCCCCAACAGGCUCUUCUCGUUACAAGGUUUUUCUCAUUGAUGAGUGUCACUUGUUGCCAUCUAAGAUGUGGCUGGCAUUUCUCAAAUUUCUUGAAGAACCACCACAGCGAGUUGUGUUCAUAUUCAUAACAACUGAUCCUGAUAAUGUGCCUCGCACUGUACAAUCACGGUGUCAGAAGUACCUAUUUAACAAAAUUAAAGAUGGUGAUAUUGUGGCAAGGUUGAGGAAAAUUUCUACUGAGGAAAAUCUGGAUGUUGAGUUGGAUGCAUUGGAUUUGAUUGCUUUAAAUGCAGAUGGUUCACUCCGAGAUGCAGAAACUAUGUUAGAUCAGUUGAGUUUGCUGGGAAAGAGGAUAACUACAUCUCUUGUAAAUGAGCUUGUGGGUGUUGUCCCAGAUGAAAAAUUGCUGGAACUUUUGGAAUUAUCAAUGUCUUCAGACACCGCAGAAACAGUGAAAAGAGCUAGGGAUUUAAUGGACUCUGGUGUUGAUCCCAUCGUUUUGAUGUCUCAAAUGGCAAGCCUCAUUAUGGACAUCAUUGCUGGAACUUACAAUGUUGCUGAUGCCAAAUAUAGCAAUUCAUUCUUUGGUGGUCGAAGCUUGACUGAAGCUGAACUGGAGAGAUUAAAGCAUGCAUUGAAGCUUCUUUCAGAGGCUGAGAAACAGCUACGUGUUUCAAGUGACCGCUCAACAUGGUUCACAGCAACUCUAUUACAGCUUGGUUCGGUGCCUUCACCAGAUCUUACUCUCUCAAACAGCAGUAGGAGACAGAGCUCGAGGACAACUGAGGAGGAUCCUUCAAGUGCUUCUAGAGAAGUAACUAUUUACAAACAGAAAUCAGAUGCUCAUUAUUUGCCUCGUUGGUCAAGUUCGCCCGCUUCCUUGUACAAAACAAUAAAUGGAAAUUGCAGCCAUCAAGGAGAAUUAGGUUUCAAUUCGAAGCCCCAUCCUGGUCAAUCAAGUUCGCCCGCUUCCUUGUACAAAACAAUAAAUGGAAAUUGCAGCCAUCAAGGAGAAUUAGGUUUCAAUUCGAAGCCCCAUCCUGGUCAAUCAAUGGAUAGCCUUACCGUCACUGCUUCACGGGAUGAGGAACUGGUUGGAAAUAUGCUAUUUAGAGUCAGAAACUCUGAAAAGUUGGAUCGUAUCUGGGAAAAGUGUAUUGCAAAGUGUCACUCAAAUACACUUAGGCAGCUGCUACGUGCUCAUGGAAGGCUUUUCUCCAUAUUAGAAUUUGAAGGUGCUUUGGUUGUUUAUGUUGCAUUUGGGGAUGAAGAUAUUAAAUCCAGAGCUGAAAGGUUUAUGAGCAGUAUCACAAAUUCAAUUGAAAUGGUCCUGAGAUGCAAUGUAGAGGUGAGAAUUAUCCUUGUUCCAGUUGGUGAGGAUUCUAUGAAUUGUUUGAAUCUAAGUGAGUUACAAGGUCAAAAGCGGGCCGAAACAACUUCGGCAAUUGAGCAGGAAAGAAAAGCAAAUGGCUUGAACCCAGUGAAUGGUUACACCGACUCACAACAAGAAUCCCUAAAAUUAUCCAGAGGAAGCUUUAAUGAUUUGGAGGGCAAACUGAAAGGAGGAUCAGGAGAUUAUUUGAAAUCUUUAACAUUGCCAGAUAGUACUUUUCAAUCUACUGCUCUAUCAACAGAGUUACUGCCUGAAGCCAAUGCUGAAAAUGGUGACGUGAAAGAAAAGAGGCAGGAAUUACCAAUGCAGAGAAUAGAAUCCAUUAUCCGUGAGCAGAGGUUGGAAACUGCCUGGCUACAGGCUGCAGAGAAAGGCACCCCUGGAUCAGUAAGUCGCUUGAAACCUGAGAAGAAUCAAGUGCUGCCUCAAGAGGACAUCUAUCAUCAAAAUCAAAUGGAAUCUGCAAGUUCAAUGGGUCUGUCAUCUCAGCAUUGGGAAGAUGAGUUAAAUCAUGAACUCAAAGUUUUGAAAAUGGAAGAUCAGAGGGUGGUCCAUAAGGACCAAAUUGGUAAAAGGGCUGAUUGUUAUACCAUAUCUCCAAGCUUGUUGCAUGAUAGCAACUUUGUGGGCAACCCAAACAAAGAAAGCCUGGGAUACGAAUCAAGUUCAGCAAGUGGAGGUUGCAGUGGGCUUUUCUGUUGGAAUGCAAACAAAUCUCAUAAGCCAAAGGCAGAAGAGACUCCAGUUUGCUCCAGACGCAGAGGCGGGCGACUUUCGUUGUUUGGGGAAUGUGGGAAGCAUAAGAAAGCAGACAGCAGGAAUAACAGAUAAAAUGGAUAGCAGCAGAUAUAAUGCCUGGAUUUUUAGCUACAAUGUUUGUUACUUCACAUAUAUAUAAUUUUUUCUGUAUUUAUUUUUCCAGUUUAAGCUAUUUCUUAAGGAAACAGCCAUGGGGAAAAUAUUGUGUAAAGGUUUUGCUAUUGGACUUUGGCUUUUCUUUCAUCUUCAGCCAUUUUUUAUUGGAUCAAUAAAGGAAAGUGGGAAAACUUGCAGCA